GACAAUGCCAUGCUGUGUCUGUAGACGUAAGCAUGUGGGGAUGAUACAGUGGCAAUCAGCGUGAACCCGGGAAUUCCUGGACCUUAAGCGUUGCACACACAACUGAUGUUCUGCAUGUCUGAGGAGAUGAGAGAGCCGGAUCAAGCCAAAGUGAGCUGGUGUGUGCGUUUCAGGACAGAAUGAGUGCAGCAGACGAGACAUGGAUGCAGUGAGGGGACAGGGGCAGUGGAGCCACCUCCCUGGGACAGGCGCUGACGAGGUGUAAGGGGUGCUCUGGGUCCUCACCAUGAGAGUGGUCCUGCUGGCCCUCAGACUCAUGUGCAUGGCCGAACUGUGGCCUGUGACGCAGCUCAACACCAGCCACUUCAAGAGGAGGCACAAGGAGCACUACCUGGGAGACACCGUCAAGCAGAAGCAUGCUGGACGAAUGGAUCCUAAGAUGAAAAAACUCGACAGCACCAAGUCAAUGCUAAUUAAGUCUGAGCAGCUGCUUCGAAUAGAGGACCAUGACUUUGCAAUGCGACCAGGAUUUGGAGGUGGAGCCCUCCCUGUGGGUAUCGAUGUUCAGGUGGAGAGCAUUGACAGUAUAUCUGAAGUCAACAUGGACUUCACCAUGACGUUGUACCUGAGGCAUUACUGGCAGGACAUCCGCCUGGCCUUCCCCUCCAGCAGCAACAAGAGUCGGACUUUUGAUGCUCGUCUUGUGAAGAAGAUCUGGGUCCCUGAUGUGUUCUUUGUCCACUCCAAACGCUCCUUCAUCCAUGACACCACCAUGGAAAACAUCAUGCUGAGGGUGUAUCCAGACGGACAUAUCCUGUACAGUGUCAGGAUCACAGUGACUGCUUUGUGUUCAAUGGACUUCAGUAGUUUCCCACUGGACACACAGAACUGCUCAUUGGAGCUGGAAAGUUAUGCGUACAAUGAGAAUGACCUCAUGCUCUACUGGAAGAACGGGAAUGACUCCUUGAGGACAGAUGAAAUGGUACUUUCACAGUUUUUCAUUGAGGACUUCCAGCCUUCCUUCGGGCUCGCCUUCUACAGCAGCACUGGGUGGUACAAUCGACUCUAUAUAAACUUUAUUCUGAGGAGGCACAUUUUCUUCUUCAUGCUACAAACGUAUUUUCCCACAAUGCUCAUGGUCAUGCUGUCCUGGGUGUCCUUCUGGAUCGACCGGAGAGCUGUGCCGGCUCGGGUCUCUCUAGGCAUCACGACAGUCCUGACCAUGUCCACCAUCAUUACCGGGGUGUCCGCCUCGAUGCCACAGGUGUCUUACGUCAAAGCUGUGGACAUUUAUCUUUGGGCCAGCUUCCUGUUUGUGUUCCUGUCUGUCAUUGAGUACGCAGCAGUCAACUACUUCACAACAGUGGAAGAAAUGAAGAAGCUCAAAAGGGCAAAGGUGCCUGCUUCCUUCAACAAUGCACAGGCCAUGGCUUUUGAUGGAUGCUUCCACGACAAUGACAUAGACUUGAGCUCUUUCCCAGAGAGUACCCCAAACACAGAGAGGAACACUCGGGCACGUAACUCCACCGUGUCCUCCCCCACAGAGGACACACGGCUUCGCUGUAAGCCCCCUUUAAAACGCCACCUCAGCUUCAUCAUGAGCAACAGCUACAUGAUCGACUCCUACUCCAGAGUCAUCUUCCCCCUCACGUACCUGCUCUUCAACAUCAUCUACUGGAGCUUGUACUCAUAGGAUAGUCCUCUGGGGCCAGGAUUCCUGAAGUUUGGAAAACUAAACAACAAAUGUACAGAGUGGAUUGCACAGUAUGGACAGUUUAUCUGUGACAUUGUGCUUAUGUUCUUAUCAAAUAACUAUGGCGUUAGCAGAGUGAAUUUUAUAAGAUGAAGAAUGUAUUUCAUUUGUCUUCUACUGUAAAUAAUUACUGUGUACAACUUCUGUUAUAAAUCUACACUCAUAAAUAUAA